GCCUGGAGGCCCCCCCGUAAGUGGAAGAGAGCAGUAGAACACGACGGUAGAGAAAUCCGCAAAGCAGAUCGAACAAAUCGGAGCUCCGACAUCCUGUUGCCGCACUCCUCUCGCAGGCUUCUGUUUUGACCGGUAAUGGACCUCAGCAAUACGUGGGAAUGGCGUGGUGGAGAUUUUAGUCUGGGAGAUGAUGCCAAUAUCGACAUACCUGAUUACCUACUGAGCCAAGAUGAAGAUCUUUCCUUUAUGUUUGAUGAUGAGGGAGCUACUCCAGUCAAGUCCUAUGGAGACUUGCCUUACCAGUUUAGCAGCUGUGGAAACAAUGAUAAGGAACCCUCCUCACAAGUAAAAAGGCGCCGAAUGCUAGAGUUUGGAUCAGAAGGUCUGGGUUCACUUUGCAACGAGGAACCAUCAUCUGCAUCAAUGAACUCAAAGGAGGAUGAAAAUUUCAAGUCUGAAAUAUCCCAAUGGGUUUCAGGAUUUGCAGAUAUGCCUGCAUCUGGUAAUGAGAACCUGGAUCAGUCACCUGAGAGAUGGAUUAGUGAUUGCUUUAAUGAUGUUGAGAUGCAGUUCAGCCCUGAGAAUCCUGGCGUGUCUGCUGAUGCAGCAUCAGAUGUUCAGCUUGAUACUGCAGGAUUUUGCAACAAAGCUCUUGGAAGUGGAUCUAAUGUUAUACAACAGCAUCAUCCUGUUAAAACUCGUCGAAACAUCAUCAUUAAAGGCAGAAAAUCACAUAUGCAGUCUCCUAAGGUCACUUCUUCUGUCGUCUACCCAUUUGAUUUCGUUAAACCAUGCGGUGUUCAUGGAGAUGUGACUCUAAAUGACAUAAACCAACGAAUCAGCACCCCACCAUUACCCAAGAAGAAUGAAAGCGCUUCAGUUUUGUAUCCCACGUCUGCUUUUUCAGGAAAGCCUGUCGUGGGGAAGACUAAAAUUCGAACAGAAGGUGGGAAAGGCAGCAUCACUAUCAUGAGAACCAAAGGGUAGCGCACAGCCAGCUCAGACUAGCAUUUUGGAAAUAUUUUUGUUUUUAUGGCACUCUGCUAUGCUGCUACAUUUUGGACAGGUUUGAAUUCUACUCUCAGAGUGCCACCUAGUAUACAAGCUAACUUUCAGGUUGAUGUCAUUCCUGGUUGCUUGUACCAUGAAUUGUUUAUAUCCUCAUCUUGGUGACAGGUGAAUCUUGUUUAGACCUGGUAAUGUUGAUUUUAGUAGAGCUAGGAUCUUAGACUGGGCAAAUCGUACCAUUUCUUGUCUGUAAUCUGUAUAAAACCUUCAAUACUAUACUCCUAAAUUUAUUUAUUUAUGUGAAAAGCCUCGUUUUUAUUUA